AUGUCGCUAGAUAUUGACGACCCAGAGGCUUCACUGAUCAAAACGGAGGCUUUGAGCCAGUCCGACAGAACUAAUAGAAGGCAAGGGCUGCAACGAAUUUUCCAAAGUCGGUCUUUUUGCUUGAAUUGCAUUUUCACAUUCUUUAAUCUAUUCUUCUUUGCAUGUCUCCUAAAGGGUACCUCAUAUUCGGCUCCAAGCUCAGAAUGCGAGCCUUCAUUGAUAUACUCACCCGCAAGAGAUGCUGUACAGCCAGAGAAGAAGGUCAUCCACGUGGAAUUAGAGGCUGAAAAUGAAUACAACGGAAAGCCAAAUCCAUCCAAUGAUGCCGCAUGGACAAGAUUAUUCAAAAAUGCAAACAUACGGCUUAAACCACAUGAGCUUGAAAAAACAAAGAGAACCUCAAUCGAGCUGGCAGAUGGCUCAGGCGAUUUCUACGGAACGCUUGAUAUCUACCACCAGCUACACUGUGUGAAGUAUAUUCGGGAGUACAUUCACUCAGAAUACUAUAACCUCAAACCUACACCAGUGUCAAACAUAGAUCAUGUUGAUCACUGCAUUGACAUGCUACGCCAAGUCAUUAUGUGCCGAGGAGACAUUGCGUUGACAACUUACAAGUGGAUUCCUGACUACAGUCUUCCAUGGCCCGACUUUGGAUUGGCUCAUGAAUGUAGAAACUGGGAAAGCAUCGAUCAAUGGGCCAGUGAGCGAGCGAUUGACGUAAAUGAUUACAGUUUGAUUGUGCAUCCUGAACUAGGCCCAUCUUUUCUGGAGGCUGAUUGGAACAGAACAAAGAAUGGUACCUAG